AUUAGAACUAUGCCAUUCAUUCUUGCGAAUGAAAUAUGCGACAGAAUUGCGGGUGUUGGUUUUCACGCCAACAUGAUAACGUACCUGACACAGGUGCUAAAUUUGCCUCUUGUGAAGGCAUCCAAUACUCUCACCAACUUUGGUGGAACCUCCAGUUUCAUGCCCCUUGUUGGUGCUCUUAUUGCAGAUUCUUUUGCUGGACGAUUCUUUACUAUCAUUGUUGGAUCUAUCAUUUAUGAGUUGGUCUCUCUCUCUCUCAUGGAUUAUAGAUAGACAAGAAUGAGUUGAAAAAGUUAUUCCAAGAUAUGGAUGUUCUAUUUUUUUUAAAUUAAAAACAUAUGUUACAGGGAAUGAUAAGUAUCACCGUUUCAGCAAUAUUGCCACAACUUCGUCCUCCGCCAUGCCCCACUCAAAAAGAUUGUAGGGAGGCUUCCAACCAUCAACUUUGGGUACUCUAUGUUUGUUUACUCCUGACAUCUAUUGGUGCUGGAGGGAUUCGGCCUUGUGUUAUUACCUUUGCCGCUGAUCAAAUUGACAUGACAAGGACAAAAGUUGAGGGCCGUAAAUGGAACUUCUACAACUGGUACUAUUUCUGCAUGGGAAUGGCCACUCUAACAGCGCUUACCGUCAUAGUUUAUAUCCAAGAUAAUGUGAGUUGGGCUUGGGGUCUAGGACUUCCUACCAUUGCUAUGGGACUAUCAGUUGUUGUUUUUAUUUUAGGGUCCCCUCUUUAUAGAAAAGUAAAACCAGGAGGUAGUCCAUUGGUUAGAUUAGCACAGGUAAUUGUUGCAUGUGUUAGGAAGAGAAAUGUUGUCAUGCCUUCUGAUUCUGCUCUCCUGUACGAGAAUCAACAACUUGAUGCUGUAAUCUCAUGUAAUGGGAGGCUUCUGCAUACUGAUCAAUUUAGGUUUAUUGACCGUGCGGCCAUAGUCGAUGACUCUGACAUGAGAGAACCAAACAAACCAAACCUGUGGAGGCUUGCAACUGUGCAUAGGGUGGAGGAACUUAAAUGCAUCCUCAGGAUGCUACCUGUUUGGGCCGCUGGCAUAUUACUCAUCACCUGCUAUUCACACGUUGGCAGCUUUACCAUCCAGCAAGCACGCACUAUGGAUCGCCACUUGUCCCGCUCCUUCCAAAUCCCUCCCGCCACCAUGUCUAUCUUCACUGUCUCGACUGUCCUUUUGGGGCUUGCUCUAUACGAGCGCGUCUUUGUGCCUUAUAUUCGCAGGUUCACUGGGAACCCCUCAGGAAUCACAUGCCUACAGAGAAUGGGUAUAGGUUUUGCAGUUAACAUCAUUGCCACCAUUGCUUCAGCCCUGGUCGAGAUCAAGCGCAAAGCUGCCGCUGAGCGUCAUGGCCUGCUUGAUCAACCAGCUGCCAUCAUCCCCAUCGGUGUCUUUUGGUUAGUCCCUCAAUAUUGCCUCCAUGGGAUAGCCGAAGUGUUCAUGUCAGUGGGUCAUCUUGAGUUUCUAAUUGAGCAAUCCCCAGAAAGCAUGAGAAGCACAGCGGCAGCACUCAAUUCGCUGACUUCUGCAGUAGGAAACUACAUGGGCACAUUCGUAGUGUCAUUAGUGCACAACUACACAGGCAAGGAAGGGAACUGGCUACCCGACCGAAACCUGAACAGGGGACGAUUGGAAAACUAUUACUGGCUCAUAACUGGUAUACAGGUCCUAAAUUUCGCAUACUAUGUCACUUGUGCUAUGUAUUAUAGGUACAAACCAAUGGGAGAACAUAUUGCUGGUGAUGAAGCUGGCGUGGAGUUUGGCUUGAAAGAUGAAGUUCUCUUGGCUAAUAGUGAUGACAAAGAAGUUGAACUAUCCAGCAAUGGUAAAUUGUAGUCAUUUGAAGGAUUGCAAUAAGUAGAGAACAAAAUAUCAGCUCAAAGAAAGACGUACGUAUUGUCUAUUUUGCAAAGUACUUUUUCGAAUUCACUUGACAUAUAACUGUUGGAGAAUUGUUGACGAAAACCAGCAAACUAGACAAAUAGUUAUUAAUAACAAACUUGAGUCGAGUCAGACGCUGUCCUUAAGGAAAUAUAUUUCGGCACAUGGAAAUUUUCCCCUAUGAUAUAAAACAAUCUGAGCUCUUCAGCAUUCCGUUGGAAUUAGAAUUAACGAGAAAUUCAGGAGUAAUUAUCGCCCAACGGAAUUCUUCCUAUAUAAAGGAGUAAACAAAAUUUUCAUUAUUGAUGUGAUAUUGUGUGUAGCCAAUAACAAAUGUAAUAAUCGUAG